CACUUCCCACACCCGUCUGAAAGUUUCCUCAACCGAAAAGUUCGUCUACAUUGUUACUGUCGUUUUGUUUUCCUUGUCUGUAUAUACAGAGCAAGGAAAUGGUUUCCCAAAGUAGGAUGGUACAAGCUCGAACAAAUAUUUCAAAAUUAUGAUGUCAAAUAUUGAGAUACCAAAGUGAGUCGAUGAGAUAUGGCUGUGGCGUCAGCUUGCAGUAUGGACGGCGUACAUGUAGGCAUGGAGCUUGAAGAAUGGCGCUCUGGUCCUCCGGAAGAUACCGCCUCGAAAUCCAUCCCUGGGAGGAAUCUCCGUUGCGGCUGGAGAUCAUGGAGGCCUUCCUGCUUCCAGCGAUUCAACACAGCUCCUUGGUUGCUAACCUGCAUCUGUUGCGCUGCCAUGGUCCAAGGCGUGGCCGUCAACGGUCUCGUAAACUCCUCCAUGAGCAGCUUGGAGAGACGUUUCGAGUUGUCAGCUUCUCAGCUGGGUCUCCUGCCAUCCUUUUAUGACGUGAUUGCGGCGUUCUUGCUUGCUCUAGUCGGCUACUGCGGCGCGCGAGGCAACCGGCCCCGAUGGCUCGCCGCCGGCCUGGUCAGCCUUGCUAUUGGUUCCUUCGUAUUCGCCUUGCCGCACUUUACCACCGAUCUCUACCAGUUCACGGUCAAUAAUCGUAGCGAUGUUUGCUCACCGAGGCCUAUCAGGGAUCUGCCAACAGAGCAGUGCUUCCAAGAGGACGAAUCCAAAAUCUCCAGCUUGUCACGAUAUUGGUAUGUCUUCAUCCUUGCUAACCUCUUCUUCGGGACAGCAUGUGCCCCUCUCUACUCCCUAGGACCGGCCUUUAUUGAUGAGAGUGUCCGGAUGGAAUCAGUUGGUCUUUAUCUUGGUAUUUUUUCGUUCAGCUGGGCUUUGGGGCCUGCCAUCGGGUUCACAGCAGCCGGGGUCAUCCUUGACAAAGUCUACACAGAUUUUCUUGAGAUAGACACAUCCAUUUUAGGAAUAGACUCGUCCAACAGAGAAUGGAUAGGAGCAUGGUGGUUGGGAUUUCUUCUGUGUUCAAUUUUCGCUCUUUUCUUAGCUUUGCCAAUAAGCUACUUCCCAGUCGAACUUUCAGAAACCAAGAAACACCGGUGCCAACGCUCAUCCCAGGCACACACAAAAUCCGGCGUUGAAAUCGUAAGCAGGGAAGACUUCGGCCUGACGUGGGGAGACAUGCCCACGGCGACCAAGCUUCUCUUCCGUAACCCCACCUACAUGUUGCUCAACAUGGCCUUAACGGCAGACGUGAUCUUCCUGUCCGGCUCUCAGGCCUUCUUGCCCAAGUUCCUUGAGAGCCAGUUUGGAGUCAGCUCUGGAGAUGCCAGCCUGAUAGUUGGUGUAAUUGCCACGAUAGCUGGGGGCGGCACGGUCCUCUUCAGUGGCUGGAUUGUCAAACGUUACAACAUGAAGAUCCCUGCACUGCUCAAACUCUGCGCGAUAGUCACGGCUGUGGACGGCAUCCUCAUGCUUGGAUUGCUUCUAAGAUGCGAUGAGAUACCUCUAGCAGGUGUAUUUAAGGAUUACCAUGGAAACAGGUCACUAACAGGUGUGACAUUUGAAAGUACCUGCAAUGCGGCAUGUGAUUGCUCUACGGAGUUCUAUUCACCAGUGUGUGGUGACAAUGGUAUGAUUUACUUCAGUGCCUGUCAUGCUGGCUGCCAAAGCUAUGAUGAUCAGACGGACAUCUACAGUGAUUGCGAGUGUACAGAUUUAAAUGAUUCUGUUGUCGGUGGUGCCACACCAGGUCUAUGUCAUGCCUCAUGUAGUCAUCUAUGGCUCUUCAUUGUUGUCCUCACUGCUAUCAUUGUGUUCUACGUCUUUUGUGGAGUUCCGGCUUUAAAUAUCAUGCUGCGAUGUGUGCCAGAUGGCCAACAGGCCUACGCUAUGGGAUUACACGGAUUUCUAGUCCGGUCUUUAGGAUCCAUCCCCAGCCCAAUCAUCUUCGGUUACAUCUUUGACGCCACCUGCACGCUGUGGCAUCAGGAAUGUGAGGCGAGUGGCCAGUGCUGGUUCUACAACCGCGCCCAUCUUUCCCUCUAUGUCACCGUGCUGGGCGUGAUUGUGAAGAGUGUGGUCUUUGUCUUCUACUGCUUGGCUCUCUACUUCUACGCCCCAAUAUCCUCCAAGGAUGCAAGGGAGACGAGGAGGAGGGAUGUCUUCAAGCAAGUCUCUCUACAAGUUGUCACAUGAUGCAUCUUAAUUGUGUCGAGAUUUGCAUAAAUUGCUAUUGAUUUCACUUUUGGGGGAGCACAGAAUAGACCCCUCCUACCCAUCAAUCAAACAGUGCACAUUGGCCAGUUAGGGCGUGACUUUUGGUCAGGUGAUCAUGGUAGUUAACAUAUCAAAGGUGGGCGGGGCUUAGGCCCACAUCCUGAAUGGUCCAUUCUGUGGAGUUUGAUAACCAAAGGCAUUGUACAUAGCAAUGUACAGAAUUUUUAAUUUGACAUGCUGACGUUAAACAUUGUCAUCUUCAACGUUUUAUAAAUGCAUUAUUUUACAUUUACCUCUAUUUUGUGCGGUUUUUAAUGAAUCACUUUUUUGUAUGAGAUUUAUUGGGCAAUUGUAUGUCAACUUUUGGUCCAUUUUUUGUUAACAUUUUU